GCUCCUGCGCCGCCCCCGCCCCGCGGCCGCGCAGCGCCAGGCGGGCUCUGGCGGGAGCCAUGGCGGAACGCGGGGCCUGAGGAAGCGCGGGGCGGCAUGGAGGCGGAUUUCGCUGCCUUCGGGAGCCCACUGUGCGGCGAGGUCAAACGAUUCUGCAGACGGCUGCAGGAGACCUACCGGGAGAUCAAGGAGGACCUCACGCCCUACAAGGAUGACCGCUACUACCGGCUGGCACCGAUGCGGUUAUAUACGCUGUCCAAACGGCAUUUUGUUCUGGUGUUUGUAGUAUUCUUUGUUUGUUUUGGUCUGACAGUCUUCAUAGGAAUAGCAGGUCCUAAUGUAAUUGAAACUUCUGUAGCAAGAACUCACUCAAAUAACAGCCUAAAGCUGAAGCCCUUUAAUUUAAGUUCACCACCAUUGUCUACUUACAAUCAGCAGCUGUGGCUGACCUGCAUACUUGAGUUGGAGCAGGAUGUUACAGUAUCCCUCAAAAAGAAUGUUACUAUGACAGUCAAAGUACUGGGGGUGGUGAAGGAUGGAAGCACACCGUAUGUCAAUAAUCAAGUUCACAAUCGGACGAGGUUACUUAGUUGUGCACAAGUAUGCUUUCAUAUACAAUUCUUUCAAUGUUUGUAUUCACAGAAAUGCAGUGAAAUCAUUGUUGUUCACCUUGGCUACCUGAACUACACUCAGUACAACGUAUUUGUUAGCUUUGAAGACCUAAAGUUUACGUACUCGUACGAUAUCAAGAAUGUUACUUUCACAUGGAAGACAUACAAUCCAACUUUUUCACAAGUGGAAAUAUGGUUCCGAUUCGUCUUUGUAGUGCUUACUUUUAUGGUCACGUGUCUGUUUGCACAUUCCCUGCGGAAAUUCUCCAUGAGAGACUGGGGUAUUGAACAGAAAUGGAUGUCCAUUCUCCUUCCCCUCCUGCUACUUUACAAUGAUCCAUUUUUCCCCCUUUCUUUUCUGGUGAACAGCUGGUUUCCUGGAAUGCUGGAUGAUCUAUUCCAGUCGCUGUUUCUGUGUGCAUUGUUGCUGUUCUGGCUUUGUGUCUACCAUGGUAUAAGAGUGCAGGGGGAAAGGAAGUGCUUAACUUUUUACCUGCCCAAAUUCUUUAUUGUUGGAUUGUUGUGGCUGGCCUCUGUUACACUGGGAAUAUGGCAAACUGUUAAUGAAGUACAUGAUCCUACAUAUCAAUACAGGGUUGACACAGGUAAUUUCCAGGGAAUGAAAAUCUUCUUCCUUGUGGUGGCAACCACAUACAUUCUCUACCUUUUGUUCCUGAUAGUGAGGGCAUGCUCAGAACUUCGUAACAUGCCUUAUGUUGAUCUCAGGUUAAAAUUCUUAACUGCGUUAACCUUCGUAGUGCUUGUCAUUAGCAUUGUUAUACUCUACCUACGCUUCGGAGCACAAGUUCUACAGGACAACUUUGUUGCUGAGCUGUCGACUCAUUAUCAGAAUUCAGCAGAAUUCUUAUCAUUUUAUGGUUUAUUGAACUUUUAUCUCUACACAUUAGCCUUUGUGUACUCCCCCUCAAAGAAUGCACUAUAUGAAUCACAAUUGAAAGACAAUCCUGCUUUUUCUAUGCUGAAUGAUUCAGAUGAUGAUGUGAUUUAUGGGAGUGACUAUGAAGAAAUGCCACUUCAGAAUGGCCAAGCUAUUAGAGCCAAGUAUAAAGAGGAAUCAGACAGUGAUUGAUACUGAUGCAGACAGACUUGUUCAGCUUGAAUUAAACCAAUUUUGAAGAUUUCCUAGAUGGACAACUUCCUUGGCUUCCUUACAGUCUGCUGUCAUCUGAACACCAACUCCCAGGAAGGACAUCUUGCUUCUAUUUCUGUUUACAAAGUUAAAACUGAAAUGCUUGAAAAGAUUAUGGUGAAAACUUAAGAAUCAUAAUGUUUUAUGCAUCUUGUAAAAUGCCUGAUAGCAGGAUGCUCGUGGACUAAAAUCUUGUAAGUCUGUUUUCAUCCAGAAGUGUCACUGAUUAUUUACCAGUUUUAAAAUUGGCAGGGAAUGAAGUGUAUCAGGGGGUUUUCCUCUUUUU